UAAUGUCCCGGAUGUGGAGGCGGUUUAUAUUUAGCACCCUGAAGGCGCGUAACUCAGUUUGAAUUUGGCGAGGUCUUGCGUGUUUUCUACUAGAGCAACCGUCACUUAGAAUUGCGAAAUGGCUGGAGGAAAAGCAGGAAAAGACUCCGGGAAGGCGAAAGCCAAGGCAGUUUCGCGCUCGCAGAGGGCUGGACUGCAGUUCCCAGUGGGCCGUAUUCACAGACAUCUGAAAUCCAGGACCACUAGCCAUGGACGCGUCGGUGCCACUGCUGCAGUGUACAGCGCUGCUAUCCUGGAGUAUUUAACCGCUGAAGUACUUGAGUUGGCGGGAAAUGCAUCAAAAGAUCUGAAGGUGAAGAGAAUCACCCCACGUCACUUGCAGCUUGCCAUUAGAGGCGAUGAAGAGCUGGAUUCCCUCAUCAAGGCGACUAUUGCUGGUGGUGGUGUUAUACCCCACAUCCACAAGUCACUUAUUGGAAAGAAGGGACAGCAGAAGACAGUGUAAACAGAUCGUCGUGUGAUAGAUGUCUUAGGACCUGAAAGUGUUUGGAUGUUUUGUUUGCCCUGUAGAUUAGAAUUUUAAGACUUUAUAUUGUCCGUCUCUGCAUUUACUCAUUUCUGGGGUAUUUUUUUCAAACGUGGCUUCAAAGAAGCUUUUUUCCUCAUUUUAUGAUGUUUGGCUUAGUCUGUGUACCCUUUUAAUUUGUCCUGUGGCAUUUGACUUUUGAACUUGUGAAGUUUCAAGAUUUUAUUUCAAUAAAGCUCAAAUUGCCAUGC